CUCUCUUGGCCUCAUAAGUCUCGAGAUAGCACGAGUGCCGUCGCAUAGAUCGGCCGCAUACUCUUCACUCUCGACACCCUUUUAUUUCACUUGGGUCCCCACCCUCUCUUCCCAAUGACAUCAGAAAUUACCAACCAACUGGCGGCGACGAAGCUGAGUGAGCCAUCGGCGUCGGCAGACUGGAAGAGCAAUCUCAAGCUCCCCGCGAAAGACACACGAGAGCAGACCGAGGAUGUGACAGCAACAAAAGGCCUCGAAUUUGAGGACUUUUUCAUCAAGCGAGAGCUGAUGAUGGGCAUUUUCGAAGCUGGUUUUGAGAAGCCCUCGCCGAUUCAAGAAGAAACAAUCCCCGUCGCUUUGACCGGUCGAGAUAUAUUGGCGCGUGCGAAGAACGGUACCGGCAAGACCGCAGCAUUCAUUAUUCCUACCCUCGAGCGCGUGAACCCGAAGAACAACAAAACACAAGCUCUUAUUCUUGUCCCCACCCGAGAAUUGGCUCUUCAGACAUCGCAAGUCUGCAAGACUCUUGGAAAACACCUUGGACUCAACGUGAUGGUUUCAACUGGUGGCACUGGUCUCAAGGAUGAUAUCAUUCGUUUGUCGGACCCGGUACACAUCAUCGUUGGUACACCGGGUAGGAUUCUCGACCUGGCUGGCAAGGGCGUUGCCGAUCUUUCGUCUUGCCAGACGUUUGUCAUGGAUGAAGCUGACAAGCUUCUAUCUCCCGAGUUCACUCCCGUUGUUGAGCAGUUGCUCGCCCACCAUCCCAAAGACCGCCAGGUCAUGUUGUUCAGCGCUACAUUCCCUAUUGUAGUUAAGAGCUUCAAGGAAAAACACAUGAACUCUCCAUACGAGAUCAACUUGAUGGAUGAGUUGACUCUACGUGGUAUCACUCAAUACUACGCUUUCGUCGAGGAGAAGCAGAAGGUCCACUGCUUAAACACCCUUUUCAACAAGCUACAGAUCAACCAGUCCAUCAUCUUCUGCAACUCUACUAACCGAGUCGAGUUGCUGGCAAAGAAGAUCACGGAACUUGGGUAUUCUUGUUUCUAUUCUCAUGCACGCAUGCUUCAGCAUAACCGCAAUCGCGUCUUCCAUGAUUUCCGCAAUGGUGUUUGCCGAAACCUCGUCUGCUCUGAUUUGCUAACACGUGGUAUCGAUAUCCAGGCUGUUAAUGUUGUCAUUAACUUCGACUUUCCUAAGAAUGCUGAGACCUACUUGCACCGAAUUGGUCGAUCCGGUCGUUUCGGCCACUUGGGUCUUGCCAUCAACUUGAUCAACUGGGAUGACAGGUUCAACCUCUACCGGAUCGAGCAGGAGUUGGGUACUGAAAUCCAGCCCAUUCCUCAAGUUAUCGAGAAGAACCUCUAUGUCUAUGACUCUCCGGAAAACAUUCCUCGUCCCGUCUCCAAUACUCAACGCCCACCGCAGGGCCAGAUCCAGGAUCAAGAUGGAGCAAAUGCUGCACGGGCAGGCCCAGGCCAAAACAACCGCCAAAACUUUAACCGUCCCCAGAGAGGCGGGGCCCAAUUCCAGCAGGGCCAGCGUCGCGGCCCUCCCCAAAACCAGCAACCUCGGGGUCAAAACGGACAACAGCCGCCGAGAAACAACCGCCCCCAGCCGGCUGGCCCUGCCUAAAGAGCUAGACAGCUGGUGGAGUUCGGAGUUCUGUUUGGUCUGAGCAGUUUUCGUUGACCUUAACCACACCUAGUCGAACUAUUUGCGUCACGAUUUCCCGUUGCCCAGGAAGACGAAGGUUGCAUUUUGAUUUUGUCGCUUGCGACUCCAUUGUA